CCUCUUCGUUAAUCAUUAGCUGAUCUGGAGACAGCAAGUGGGGAGCAGAAGGUUUUAUUUUCCCAAGUGCCACAAGCCACUCUGCAGCUCAGAGAGCCACCCAGAGCCACUCUAGGACGGACUGUGUCACCCAAGAGAUCCAGUAUGCAUCGCACCCUCUGCCUGCUCCUUCUGGCUGGAUACCUGCUGCUUUCUCAUGGCCAGCCAGCCCAAGAGUCCAACAACACAUCUAACCAGACCUAUACAGAGUUCUCACAGUUGAACGUCUCCAGCUCUCAGAUCAUUGCCCCUGGCAAUGCCGACUUUGCAUUCCGUCUCUACCACCUGGUGGCCGCCCAAAACUCUGAGAAGAACAUCUUCUUCUCUCCACUCAGCAUCUCCAUCGCCUUGGCCAUGCUGUCCACAGGGGCUGGUGUGGACACCCAGACCCAGAUCCUUGAAGGCCUGGGCUUCAACCUCACCGAGCUGUCACAGCCUGAAAUCCAUGAGGGCUUCAGGCUCAUGCAGGGCAUGAUUAGUUGUCCAUCUCCUGAGAUGGAUAUCUCUGUAGGCAAUGCGCUGAUCCUUAGCCAGGACCUGCAGCCUCUCCCUGAGUUUGUCAGCACCACGGAAGCCUCCUAUAACAGCAAAGUCUUACUCGGUAACUUCAGAGACAUGAAGGCUACGAUCCAGAUCAUCAACAACUAUGUCAAGGAGAAAACCCAUGGAAAGAUCAAGGAUUUUAUCAAAGACCUGAGCCCCAACGUAAGGAUGGUUCUGGUGAAUUAUAUCUUCUUCCGAGGUCUGUGGAAGAAACCUUUCCCUUCCCAUAAAGUCACUGUGAGUAACUUCUACGUGGAUGAGAAGACAAUCGUUCAGGUCCCCAUGAUGCUGCAAGAUGACAAGGAACACUGGUUUAUGGAAGACAGACGUGUGCCCUGCACGGUUCUGCGGAUGGAAUACCAAGGCGAUGGCGCCACAGCGUUUUUCAUCCUUCCUCAGAAGGGCAAGAUGGAGGAGGUGGAGCACAUGCUGUCCCCAGGCAUGCUGGAAAGGUGGAACCACAUGCUUCAGAAUAGGAACUUUUACAGAAAGCUUACACUGCACUUCCCCAAAUUCUCCAUUGCAAAUUCCUACUCAUUAGAAGAGAUUUUGCCCUACCUGGGUUUCCAGGACCUGUUCACCCAGCACGCUGACUUCUCGCGUAUCAACGAAAAGGAGAAAUUGCAGCUAUCCAAAGUUUUCCACAAGGCCACCCUGGAUGUGAAUGAAGUUGGCACGGAGGCUGCAGCAGCCACUGGUACCUCUGCCAUGUUUUUCUCUGCCAAGCACAAGAAACAUGUCCUUGUAUUCAACCGGCCAUUCUUCGCAGUGAUAUAUUCCACCAGCACCAAGAAUAUCCUCUUCAUGGGGAAGGUGUUCAACCCCACAGCGUAGCUGUCCCAGGACUAGCUGGUCUGCCACCAGCAAGAGGAUGUGGCUUGGGAGGGCUGGGGAUGAGCAUCCAUCCAUAACUGAGGGCAGGGAAGGGUCCCGCCCUCCAAAGAGGAGCCAAUGGUACAAGAAAGGGCAGGGCAAGAUGAGCUAGAAAGAGAGAGAGGCCCUCCUGGGGGUGGGGCUCAGACUCAUUAAACCAAAUGACAGCCCUGAGA